CUACUUUAAAAAUUCAUCCAAACAUUUUCUUUAAUGAUGCAAACUCAUUGAGAUCUGUGCUCAAUUGGAGUAACAGUAUUUGCAGGUAACUAGGAAACUGCAUAUACAUUAGUAUAGCUACAAACUCUCAAAUAAGAAUCAAAUUAAGCCCACUAUAGCUAGCAGUACUAUCCAGCCGUUGAGUUAAAGAUAUACUUAAGGCCAUUUGAUUAGCUUUCUGAUCAGCCAUGGCAGCAGUACUGAAGAAACAAACAACAACAACAACACCCCAUGUGGUGUUCCUUCCAUACGCCAUGACGAGUCAUAUAACUCCAUUGGUACAUAUUGCUCGACUCUUUGCUUACCACGACCUCAGGGUCACCAUCAUUACCACUCCCCAUAAUGCCCUCAUUUUUCAAUCUUCAAUCGACAAUGAUCAUCGUCUUGUGCCAGGCUGCAACAUUUCUGUCCAAACACUUAAGUUUCCGUCAGAUGAAGUGGGGUUACCUGACGGAGUUGAAAAUUUCUCCGCCAGCCCGUCUUUGGAAAUAGCUGGCAAAGUUCACUAUGGCUUCUUUUUUCUGCUCCAAGAACCAAUGGAACAAUUAAUUCGCAAUCUCAACCCUCAAUGCAUUGUUUCUGACAUGUUCUUUCCUUGGACCGUCGAUUUGGCUGAGGAGCUAAAUAUUCCGAGGUAUUCCUUUCAGCCUGCCAAUUUCUUCGUUCAGUGUGUCUGGCAUUGUCUUAGGGAAUACACACCUCAUGAGAAAGUGGCCUUGGAUUCCGAUGAUCAGAGCUUUUUAAUCCCCGGCCUACCUCAUGAGAUCAAAAUGAAACUCUCCGAGAUUGAAGAUUUCUUUCUCGAGGACAACUUUUCCCGUGAGACAUAUAAGGCGGUCAGAGAAGCUGAGCUUCGUAGCCAGGGCGUCAUUCAUAACACUUGCUCAGAGCUGGAACCCGAAUAUGUUGACAUCUACGAAAACAUUAGAGGGGUAAAAGGCUGGCACGUAGGUCCGACUUUUCUAUUUAUCAAUGAAUUAGAAAAAUCGCAAAAUUCCAAUCCGACUUGUUUUGAUGAUCCUUGGAAAAACUGCGGUGAUUGUUUGAAUUGGCUUGAAGAUCAAGAGCCUAACUCUGUUCUAUUCGUUUGCUUUGGGAGUAGCGUAAGAUUUUCAAAUGAUCAACUUAAGGAAAUCGCAUUAGCUUUGAAUGCAACCAAAUGCCCAUUUAUUUUGGUAGCUAAAGAGCAGGGGGGGAAAAACCAGUUAGAAGAAAAAGAUGACAACAAGUAUGGUGAUUGGUGGCAGCUUGAUAGUUUUAAGGAAUUGGUUGUCAAUAACAAGAGGUGCUUUAUCGUCAAAGGGUGGGCCCCACAAGUAUUAAUUCUGGAACAUCGAGCAAUUGGUGGGUUCUUGACUCAUUGUGGUUGGAAUUCUGUACUUGAAGCUCUGACUAUGGGUAUACCAUUGAUCACGUGGCCCCUAUUUGCUGAGCAAUUUUACAACCAGAAGCUUCUGGUGCUACUUGGGCUUGCAAUUGGAGUCGGAUCAGAUGUGUGGAACUCGGGGUUCAUAGUGUCAAGUCCGGUGGUAUCGAGAGAUAAGAUAGAGUUGGCCAUCGAACGUUUGAUGUAUGAUUCAGAAGAAAGUAGGAAAAUACGAGCAAAUACUAAGUUGAUAGCAAAGAAAGUGAAGAGUUCCGCUGAUGAAGGGGGUUCCUCUCAUUCACAUCUCAUCGCAUUGAUUGAGGAAAUCAAGCGCUGUGCUACUUUCAACAGCUCCCCUUGAAAUUUUUAUGUUUUAAUUCUAUAAUUACUUUUUCUUCUUUCGAUUUCAAAGUUAUAUCUGAUAUUUAGAAUAAUGCGAUCAU